GAAACAACAAUCAAGGGCCUGGUAGCAGCAGGUGUGUUAAAACCAACCAAAAGUCCCUGUAACACUCCUAUCUUUCCUAUAAAGAAACCAAGCUCAGAUGACUACAGACUGGUGCAUGAUUUACGCGCCAUCAAUGCAGUAGUGGGUGCAGAGAUACCUAUAGUACCAGAUCCACACACAUUACUGUCAAAUAUCCCUCAUGACGCCUGCUGGUACACAGUCAUUGAUCUAUGCUCAGCAUUUUUCAGUGUGCCAUUACAUCCCGCAUCACAGUUUCUGUUUGCAUUCACAUUCAAAGGACAACAAUACACAUACACACGCCUCCCACAGGGAUAUGUCGAGAGCCCAUCGAUUUUUAACAAAGUAUUGUCAGAUGAUUUACAACACGUAAAUGUCACUAGCAUCGUUUUGCAGUAUGUUGAUGACUUGUUAGUUUGUAGCACAUCUCAGGCGCAGUGUGAGCAUGACUCAGUCCUGGUCCUGCAGGCUUUAGCAAAGGGGGGACACAAAGUAAGUAAAGACAAAUUACAAUUUUGUCAGCCACAGGUUGAAUAUCUAGGCAGGCAACUGUGUGGCAGCAAGCGUGCUAUUGCACCCUCUCAGAUCGAAGCAGUGACAAAAGCCCCUAAACCACAAACGGUGGGGCAAAUGCUCUCCUUUCUGGGGAUGGCGGGGUUCAGCCGCCUGUGGAUCUGCGACUACGCUAUUAAAACAGCCCCGUUAAGAGGUUUGAUACGAGCCGCGGGUCAGACGGACGGCUCAGCUACGCUACAGUGGCACCCUGAGGCAGAGGGAGCUUUUGAAGCCCUCAAAGCAGACAUGCGAACAGCGCCAGCACUAGGUAAUCCUAACUAUGCUAAUGUGUUCCUUUUAUAUGUUGCAGAAACAGCAGGUUAUGCGUGUGCGGUUCUGAUGCAGGACACUCCCAGUGGUAAGCAACCAUUAGCAUAUUAUAGCACCAAGCUGGAUAACAUUGAAACAGGUCUUCCUCCAUGUUAUCAGGGAUUGGCAGCGGCAGCUUUUGCCUUUCAGAAAGCGUCAAGCAUCACAAUGGGACACCCGACUAUUUUGUAUACAUCACAUCAAUUACAUGCACUAAUCACAAGUCCCAGAUUUGUUUUGACACAGGCUCGACGGACAGGCUAUGAGGUAAUCCUUGCUGCCCCAGAGCUUACAGUACAAAGAUGCACCACAAUCAAUCCUGCCACCCGGAUGGUGACUCCUGUAGACGGGACACCACAUGACUGUCUCCAGACAACAAAUGAGUUCAUGAAACCACGUAAAGAUCUAGAUAAUCAACCAAUAACUGCUGAAAUAACUCUGUUUGUGGAUGGUUCCUGUUUUAGAGAUGCAGCAGGAAACCACGCUGGUUACGCCAUAAUACAGUUGCAGUCUGACGGCUCUUUCUAUGAGGUACAAGCCACUAAACUUAACCAGCCUUGUUCAGCGCAGCUCGCAGAAAUCAAGGCUUUGACUGCAGCAUGUCACUUGGCAGCAGGUAAGACCCUAAAUGUAUAUACAGACUCACAAUACGCCUAUGGCGUGUGCCAUGUUUAUGGCGUCACGUGGAAGCAAAGAGGUUUUUUAAGGGCAGAUGGCUCUCCAGUAACUCAUGGGGAAGCUAUUUCAGCUCUGCUAGAGGCCAUACACCUCCCUAAAGCACUUGCUAUUAUCAAAUGCCCGGCCCACCAAAAAACUGACUCCCUGAUAGCCAAAGGCAACAAUUUAGCAGAUGAAGCAGCUAAACGUGUAGCUACGCCCACAUGCAUGGGACCACUUUUAAUGGCAGAGAAUCUGGAACCUAUAACAAACAUAACAUCUCUUAAAGAAGCACAGGAAAGAGCCGGUCCGUGGUCACAUCAAAUAUGGAUCAAAAGAGGCGCAAUUAAAAUCCAAAAUAAUCCAGACCCACAUAAAAAUGGCCUCUGGCUCAGUGCGCAGGGUCAAUUUGUCCUCCCACCGGCAUUGGUACCAAUUGCCAUUCAGGAAGCGCAUGGUCAAGACCAUGUCGCUAGGGGGGAGAUAUUGAGACGACUGCAAGCAGUCUGGUGGUCACCAAUGUUGGCACACAGAGUUGAUAGAUGGAUAAAUGCAUGCACGGUAUGUAACACGAAUAAUGUCAGGAGAGCGUUCACGACGCCGUUAGCACAUGUUCCGGUGCCUGAAGGGCCAUUUCACCAUCUACAAAUGGAUUACAUAGAUAUGAUAGACAGAAAGAAUGGUUACAGGUACAUUCUUGUGGUUGUGGACAGGUUUACCAAGUGGGUGGAAGCAGUUCCAACAAAAGGUCCAGAUGCGAGGUCAGCAGCUAAGUUUCUGUGUAAAGAAGUUUUUCCACGGUUUGGAAUACCAGAUGUAAUGAGCUCUGACAAUGGUCCGCAUUUUACAGCUAAUGUGAUGAAAAUUGCCAUGAAAAUGCUAGGAAUUAAGCAGAAAUAUGCCUGUGUGUAUCACCCUCAGUCACAGGGACAAGUAGAACGAGCUAAUGGAGUUUUGAAGAACAAAAUCACAAAAAUUAUGGCUGACAGUGACCAUAAGCUAAGCUGGGUGGAGGCAUUGCCACUUGCUUUGAUGAGCAUGAGAACACAGUGUAACAGACUAACCCACCUAACACCGCAUGAAGCACUAACAGGGAGACCGAUGCCAGUCCCCUUUUACAGAGGACCCUAUGAGGGGCCUCCGCUUGAACAAUAUCAACAAGAAUUCACCUAUUAUCUGAAACAUCUAACGCAAAUAUACAAGGCUAUCUUCCAACAGGUCAAAACUGUGAUAGAGGCUAAGGCCACACAGUUCCCACCACUUCCCUCAACAGGCGUGGCUUCCAGGUGA